AUGACCACCAACUCUUCCGCACUACCAUCCAAGCCAACUUUGUUUUGUCGCCUCAAGAUACCUGAGAAUCUGGAUGACCCUAUUGAAUUAUCCCCCGAAUACCUCACGAUACUUGCUGCCCAGGCCAAGGCCUCCAAGCCCAAUGAUGCUGACACAACCAUGGUCCUGGAGGAUAAUCUUGUUGUGCCAGUGGACUAUAUCGAGAAUCUCAUCGAGGCACGCUGGAAUGCGGAGAGGCAGCGGUGUAAUGCAGAGUGUAAGGCUCAGUUGCUCGAGCUUAAAAUUUUCACAAGGGCUAGAUAA